CCAACAUCAAAUUUCUUAAUGUAGCCGACUAGACUAGGUUUUGUUUAUAAAAUCAAAUUUAGUGAAAUUAUUCUAAAUGCGGUGUUAGGAUAUUUAGAAAAGCAGUAGAAAUAAUGGAGAAAUUGCAAAGUACACUUAGUGCGGUUAAAGGAUUGCGCUCUAAUGUGUUGCAAUGUUUUGAGAAUUUAUUUGAUGCGGACGUAACUGAGGAAACACGUCAAAAAUUUCUAAACGAAUUUCAAGAAAAUUUUAAUAAUAUCAACACACAGCUAAGAGAGGUUGAAACUUCAAUUAAUGGUUUACAAACACCGCCAAAUCCAUAUCAUCUGGGAAACACAACGUAUUUGGCACAAGAAACUACACAAGAACGGCAGGCUUUAUAUCCACAGCUCGUAAAUAGUUACAAAUGGAUUGAUAAGGUGCAUGAUUAUAGCUUCUUAGCUUGUAAUACUUUAAAUCAAAAUAACUUACGACGUUCAUACAUAUACUGCUCCCAAAAACGUGUACGAGUAUUUUCAGCAUUCAAUAAUUCAGAUCCAGAGCAUACCGAUAAAUUGUUCAGUGAGAUAAAUCAUCUUCACACUACUUACAAAAUAUGCCGACCAUUUGGUUCAAAUGCUGUUGUAAUUGCCACAAUAAGUCGUGUAUUAAAGGCAGCCAUUGUGUGCAAAGGUGUGCUUAUAGAAUGGAUAACUGUGAAGGGUUUCGACGAAACGUUAGAUCCGGAAGAUCUAUGGACUGAAUCUCGUUAUGAAGUUUUUCGUAAAGUGCAAGAUCAUGCACAUUCCGCCAUGUUGCACUUCUUUUCACCUACAUUACCCGAUUUGGCAGUAAAAAGUUAUAUGACUUGGUUAAAUAGUUACAGCAAAUUAUUCUUAGAACCGUGUAAGCGUUGUAGCAAGUACGUAUCUAAUGGCUUACCUCCCACCUGGCGUGAUUUACGUACUUUGGAACCAUUUCAUGAAGAAUGCAGAAAUUGCUAAUUAGAAACACGUUUUUCUGAUUUUAUUAAUUAUAAAUAACAAUAAAACUUCUUCAUUUCAUAUAU